UACAAGCGCUGCUGGCCCUGAAUAGCGAAUGGGGUGUGUGGCCCCAGUACAACUCGACUGAUGUAUUCUGUGAUGAAUGGGAGGACAACUCGUUCAGUCAUUUGGAAUGUAACACACGCGGCAUGGUCACCGCCCUGUUCGUGAUGCCGGACGAUCGCUUUGUACCAUAUGGAGUCGUUCCUUCAGCCAUCACAGCCCUCACAGCGCUUCAAAAACUGGGAUUGCCUUGGUGCGCCUUCACUGGAAGCCUGGAAUUCCUUGGCAAGUUGCCUCACUUGGAAAUUAUGGAUCUGCACGCCACCGGAUUAAGUGGAUCGAUCCCUGAAUCCAUCGGCAAUGCCAUGAAUCUGCAGCACCUUGAACUGUCGGACAUUGCUGAUCUCACUGGAAGUCUCCCAUCCACCAUCAGUCGCCUCACUGCACUCACCUACCUGUCCAUUGGAAGGUCUCAGUUCAAUGACUACCCUAGCUAUACCGUUGUCUAUGCUUAUACUGUUACCAAGAAGCCACCAGACAUUCACUCCAUUACGGAUAACAUGAAGCCCCCUGUGCUGCAAGGCUCCAUGGCCGACCUCUCCUCUCUCGCCCCUCUCACUCGCCUCCAGCACCUCGCUCUCAUGACUCUCAACCUGACGGCUGGAGAGCUCCCUUCCUCUCUCUCUGCCCUUACUUCACUCACAACCCUUGACCUGAGGUUCCUUUCCAUCACCCGCUUACCGCAAUGGAUUGCAUUGCUCCCCAACCUCAUUACACUGGAUGUCACCGGCAACUUUAAUGUCCACCGCUCUGCUCCGUUCCCCACCGAAUGGAUGGCGCUCACAGGGCUGGAGACUCUGCAGGCCGGUCUGAAUGGCUUCACUGGCUCGAUCCCCUCCACCAUCUCCGACCUCACUGCCCUUGCUAAUCUGGGGCUCUCCUUCAACAAUCUCACCGGCGCCAUUCCUGCCAUCUUUGACACAACCCUCCAAACCUUAGACCUCUCCCACAAUCACCUCACCAUCAUUCCUACUGAUUUCAACCUGGGCCACAACGACUCGGAGCUAUCCUUCCUCUUCAAUCCCGUGUAUAAAAUAGACCUCAGCCACAAUCCUCUGUCAGAAGGCUUGGAUAAGCUUUUCACACAGUCGUGGCUUCUUGGAAUAAUACUAUAUGCCGGAUCAUGCAACUUCUCAGGACCAUUUCCGUCCUAUCCCGGCAAAACGUUCUAUGUUCUUGACGUGUCUAACAACAGCUUCACUGGACCCUUCCCCUCCGUUUUCUUGAAUGAGGAAGACAUUGCAGAAAUCAAUCUCUCACACAACAAUUUCACGGGACCCCUGCCACCAGAUUUAGCUAACUCCUAUUUCUUUCAAACCCUCAACGUUUCUUACAACCAUUUCAAUGGCGUUGUUCCUCGCGGCAUUUGGGCCCUUGAGUUCCUGACGUCCCUCUCCAUGGCUCACAAUCAUCUCCAGGGGCCUCUUCCUGCUGCCCUCUUAUCUAAUCAACUCGUCUCUCU